AUUUUAUAAAUACUCAAUAUUUUUUAUAGUUUUUUAAAUCUUUUUUAUAUUUUAAAUUAUUGUGAAUUCAGUUUUACAAAAAGAGACAUCGAAGUAUAUAAUGGCGGCAGCCAAUACUUUACAACCCCAGAAGAGCAUGCUUAAAGGACCUUGCACAAACAAUGCCUUUGCCAAGUUUAUUCAUGAAUAUGGCACACGAUAUGGCUUUAAUGGUCAAAGCAUGUUAAUGGCCGGAAAAGAGUGGAAUCGGAUGUCGAGCUCCCAAAAGAUGAAAUACCAAAAGAUGAAGAGUCCCUUUAACAUUAACAGGGAUGAUGUCGAUGAAUGUGGUAUGAGACAGGGUCUCAGUGCCUGUGCCAAAAAGCGCAGUUGCCGGCCAUCUAAGCCACGUUGUGCCAUGCGCAAGAAGCCAAGAUGUGCCCCAAAGCCAAGAUGUGCACCUAAGCCAAGAUGCGCUCCAAGGCGUAAGUCGUGUCCUAAGCCACGGUGCAAGCCAAAGCGUAAAUCUCGCUGCGCUAGAGUCAAAUGCCAGAAGCCUGGGCCCAUUACAAAUAAUGGAUAUCUCAAUUUUCUACGCGUCUAUCGACGUAAGCAUUGCGGCCUGAAACCGAAGGAUCUGGUGAUGAAGGCAGCUCGGGCUUGGUGCCGUCUUUCUGAGUGCAAGAAGGAUCGUUAUCGUCGACAGGCAUGCAAGGUGACCACUAGUUGCCGUCAUAAGAGGCGUCGGGUUUGCACUACUAUGCCGUAGAUUCCUGUCUGUGGUAUCGUAAAAGCCCUCCUCUAAAUCUAUAAACUUUGAAACUAUGUCAAAAUUAUAUGUUAAAAUUCAUGCAGCCGAUCAAAUAAAUUUUAUUCAAACCCAGAAA